AGUAUCCUGCUUUUUAGAGCAAGCUGAGGGCAGGAGUCGGGGCAGGCUCAGACUCCCAGGACGCCCUAAUGGGUUUAGUCUUUCGGACGGCAACGCAGUCGGCUGCGCUUUUGUUCUCCCUGCUGGGAUGGGUGUUAUCCUGCCUCACAAACUACUUGCCCCACUGGAAGAACCUCAACCUGGAGCUGAACGAGAUGGAAAACUGGACCAUGGGGCUCUGGAAAUCCUGCGUCAUCCAGGAGGAGGUGGGGAGACAAUGCAAGGACUUCGACUCCUUCCUGGCCCUGCCAGCUGAGCUGCAGACCUCCAGGGUCUUGAUGUCCCUGUCCAACGGGCUGGGGCUGCUGGGGCUGCUGGGCUCUGGCUGUAGCCUGGACUGCUUGAGGCUUGGAGAGACCCAGAAGGGCCUGAAGAGGCGGCUGCUCAUCGCGGGAGGGGUCCUGCUCUGGACGUCGGGCGUGCUGGUCCUGGUGCCUGUGUCCUGGGUGGCCCACAGGACAGUUCAGGAGUUCUGGGAUGAGACCGUGCCUGAGAUUGUGCCCAGGUGGGAGUUUGGGGAGGCCCUGUUCCUUGGCUGGUUUGCUGGCUUCUGCCUGGUGUUAGGAGGGUGUCUGCUUCACUGUGCAGCCUGCUCCAGCCCAGCUCCCCCAGCCUCGGGACACUAUGCAGUGGCAGGACUGCAGGACCACUGUCAACACCUGGAGCUGAAACAUGCCAAGCCAGAAAUCUAAGCCCGAGGGACCAGUGGCCUCCCUGCUCUUGCUCCAGCUGGACUUGGUAGGAUCCCCCUGUUAUAAUCACCCCUACUCCUGUGCUUUUGAUUUUUCUGAAAUGCAUACUUCCCUCCUGUGGCUACUAAUUUCUUCAAAUACAAUUUCUUUCUACCAUGAGUAAAGCACGUCUACCUUCUGUUUGGAGGCCAA